UCACUCAUCAGUCGAUGCAUGUGCUUCGCUUGCCAUACAUUGAUCUCAUUCAUUGAAAUGUUCCGCCGGAAACUCGAAGCUCUGGACUUUCCCCACAAGGAUGACUUUGAUACGACGGAUGACGAACAAGUGCGCAAAUUAGCGAUAUGGUUGGAAGAGGAUAAGCUUCGUCUUCAUACGGCCGCUAACCGGGGACGUUUCUCGGCGACGUCCCCCUCAGAGUGGAAAAAAACAUUCGCGGCUUAUCUCAAACUCGCCGGUUGUCCCUUCGAUCAGAGCAAGGCGAAUGAAUGCGUGGAUUGGCUCCUGGGCUUGGCUGUCAGAAAUGACUACAUGGACAACGCUGAUGACUUCUCGGAUUUGUCCGCUGAGAAGGCAGCCCUCGAGUCUGAUGAUCCCCUAGCUGAAAUUCAAUACGACAGUCCCGAAUUCAAGGAUGGCGUGGAUCGACUGGCUGCUCUGCUCAAUAUUCAACCACAUCCCGAGGACCCCAGUGUGACCCUGAGGGCUGUGGCGAAGUAUUCGGAGAUGUAUCUUUCCGUGGAGGCUCGAGGCAGCACCAAGAAAGAAGGAAAACCUCUGGAAAUGUCCCAGAUUCACCUAGGCUUCGAUCUAAAAGAUCCCGUACUGAACGGUGCCGCCAAAAUCCUCCGUCUCCUCUUCAUCGAAGACGUACGGAAUCUCCAAACGCGAAUUAACGAAGCGAUAGUCGCGGUGCAGUCUCUCACAGCCGAUCCCAGGACGGAUACUCGCUUAGCUCAUGUCGGACGAAGUUAAUAUUUGUCUAUUACUCCUAUUCCUCCAUUGCAUGCGUCGAAACCCAAAGAGGUGGCUAUCCGUCUGCCUGAAUUGCACAACGUGAAGAUGUACAUACGGAGCUCUCGAUCGCAUCGACAACUGGUUGGAUGCGAUCCCUUGAUCGCGACCCGCGACUGAACGAGCGCGGAAUAAAUUGGACACUGGUUUGAA